AUGAAGCUUGAGGCUUUGGAAAAAAGGCUGGCAACGCUGAGUUACGGCAGGCUGAUCUGUUUUUGAUGAUGACUUAGUCCUAGGCUGGGGCUCUGAUGUGCGACAGAACGUUGAGACCCUGUGACUCUCGUAACAUUAGUUUUUCGCUUUUUGUAUUAUUAAAUACCGUGCUGAUUUUUUUUGUAGAUAUAUUUAUUUUCUGCGUUAUAGAAUGAGAGUAGAACCAGGAGUAGCUGUGUCGUCUGAGGCAGUGCCAGCCCUGAUGUAUAACGCAGCGCUUCUGCUCGAAAAGCUAUAUCCGAAGUAGUUUGGACUUGAGUAUAUGCGACUUGGGUUUAGACAAGCUUCUUUUAGGGUGUCCCUGUGGAGUCGGGAUACUCAAAUUACACUUCGGGAAGUGCAAGGGAUGAAGUCUACUACUUUCUUCAGUAUAGGCACAAUCGUCAUAGUAUUUGCAGCUUGCGCUAACAGAAGACAGCGAAAAGCAGAGCCAAGACAAAAUUGGAAAAGGAAGCAGAGAAGUUUACUUGCAAGCGCAAAGGCAAGUGGUGAAUUUUUUGGCACAUCAGAGUUACGAUGGUGAUUUUGGGGUAGGCGAUAGAAGAAUGUGGCAGUCUUUUGCUCUACUAGAAAGCUGG